AUGGCAGCACAAACCAUUACGCACGUAUGGGCCUUGGAGUUCUGGUCCCUGGCCGCUUCCUUGGCCCAGUUCGCAAUCAUGUUCGCGCUGAUGAUGUUCUUUGAUGGCAAGCAGACAUUCGACGGCUUAUUUGUGGCUAUGAACACAAUUACAUCUAUUCUAUCUACGGGAUCCAGAGCAUCCCUUCUGACUACAGUCUCAAGUUGUAUUAGUCAAAGAAGCUGGGCAGCUUUUUCAGCCAAGCCUCGUCGGCUUUACGACUUCGAAAUGAUUUCUGAAUCCAGUCGUGGUCCUUUGGGGGGUGUUCAGCUUUUAGUAGACAGCAGGUUCAAAGGAGGUGCCCUUGUUCGAUUCGGCGCAAUUAUUACUCUGCUCUCCAUUGCCACGGGCCCCUUCGCCCAGCAACUCGUGCGAGUGCGUCAAAUCGACUUUCUUGAAGAGGGCGGAAGUAUCACCCAGGGACUUUCUUACUCCAAGGGGAUAGUUAAGCCUCAUUUUGGGGCCCACUAUGGCCAGAAAGACUCUAUGAUAAUAAUGAAUGUCCGAGUCGUCAUGUGCAAACCCGAUUUCAGUAUGAAGGCCUCACUCAUGUUCGCGCUCUCCGCCGAGAAAAGCGACGUUAUUCGGCAAGCAACUUUUGAAUGCCCCGGAACUAGUUGUUUAUUUCAGAAUUUCCGAUCCCUAGCGAUUUGCAGCAGAUGUUAUGAUAUUAGCUCAAUGCUAGUAGUGAACCAGUAUAUGACGAAUUUCACUGAUAACAAUAUUCUGUUACCAAAUAUAGUCUUCCAAAUGGACUUUAUCUGGAAAUCGAAGAUGUAUCUUCAAAUGACCCUUAUUCUAGAACCGGAUCGUCUUGUCUUAUCCCUCUACGGCACUUCCAAUCCAGAUAAAUCGAUCAAAGCUAGAGAAAUCGACACCCUAAUCUGGUCACAGAGUGUUAUCAAAGUGGACAACUCGACUAAUAUUUGGCAGUGGCCUAAUAUGUCAGUCUAUGCCAUGGAGUGUGCUCUUUUUUACUGUAUCAAAGACUAUUCAUUCCGAGUAGUUAAUAGUUCCAUGGAGCUGGAGCUGGAAAGUGAGCGGAAGGAAUAUCGAAGGCAUCCUGACUCAUGGAAGCUUCUUUUAGGAAACUCGGAAAGUGAGAUUAUAGCCAACGCCUCGAUCAAUCUUGCUCUCCACCCGAAUCAGUCGGCCUUCGAAAGAUCAGACCUUCAACUAUCCAGCGAUCUCAACAAAUCAGAAGGCUUUAAUAUCUCUCAGUCUGGGGUCAAAACGAUUAGUUCACUUGUCCAAACGUUAUUCUCGUCUUGCUUUAAUAAGAAAGGCUGCCCUGCGGCGGUAGAUGAUUGGCGACCCCCAACUGGAUAUUACAGCCACUCGCGGAUGCGGAAUGUGAUGGACUAUAAUCCCGACAUAGCACCGUUUACGUGGUUUUCGGAAAACCUUACGGCUAGAUUCGACGGUAUUGCGGCUAGCAUGAGCAAUUCCUUGCGAUCUGGAGACGAUUUGAACAGUCGUUUCGUUGGCAAAGUUGCCAAUCCUAUCACCGUUUACAAGAUAAAUUGGCCUUGGAUAUCAUACCAGCUCUUCCUCCAGGUCGCAGCCAUGAUUUUCUUCGCCAUUACCGUUGGUGUUAACCGGCAGCCUGGUGGCUCUCACAUCCCAGUAUGGAAAUCCAGUCAGCUGGCCGUCAUGUCGCAAGGGCCGUUAGUAUCGGACGUGUUGAAGGGUGCGAAAACACUCGAGGAACUGGAAACGGCGGCUAAGAAAACGUCGAUUAUGCUGUUCGCCAAAGAUGAAGAUCAGCCUUUGAUGCCACUUGGCGCGGGAGAAGCCGCGGAUGGCACAAGCCUUAGAAGAAACUCGGCCUCUGAUUGA